GCAAUCAACGAUGAAGUAGCAGAAAGACAAGACAAACUAGAAAAACAAAUUGAGCAAAUGGAAAGAAUGCUAACCGAUUUGUUGGAAAACGGUCAGUCAGCAAUUACAAAAAAGAAAUAG